AUGUCCGAUCCCAGUAGAAAGGUUUCGAAACAUUCUAGAGAUCUUUCGACAGAUGCGAUCGAUAAAAGACGAAACGCGUAUAGCAUUCAUAAAGGAGCACAAGAAAAUUUAGAACUCACCAAUGCCUAUCAAUACUCACAGGUUCUGCAACUGGAACAUGCAGUGACAAACUUUCUGGAGUAUUUCAACAAGAUCAUACAACUUUCUCCAAAUUACAAAGUGUAUUUGGAAAAUGUUGACCACCUCAAGAGCACCAGUGUCGAAAUCCUACCUGCCAUGCUGAGGCAUAAACUCAAAUGUGCAGCAGAGCUCGCUUCACUCAAUGAACUGGGUAAACUGCCGUUGUUGGACGAACUGAACAACUACGAGUCUAAGUUUUCUACUGAGGACAGGAAGCCCAUUUUGCGAGAACUGGAGGAAAGCGAUCUUGACAAAAUUUCAGCUUCAGUAAACAACGAGAUGGUCAAACAUUGGAGCGAAGUAUCCAGGAAAGCUCAAGAAGACGAAGAAGAGGAAGAAGAGGAUGGCUAUGAGCCAGAUGAGACAAAAAAGAGGUGGCCUCCAAAACUACCCGAAAUCAAAAACUCAGCCAUCAGAGCCAGGGUCUUUAUUCACAAAUCUAUCAUUAAUGACAAGCUGUAUCUGUCGGAGCAUGACAUGAUCAAAGCACACAACGAGCGUCUAGAAUUUUUGGGUGAUUCCAUUCUAAACACGACCAUCACCAUGAUUCUUUAUAACAAGUUCCCACACCUCAGUGAGGGCCAGCUUUCAAAGCUUAGAAUGAAGCUUAUUAGCAAUGAACGUUUAAAAAAAUGGUCUUUUCUCUACAAGUUCAAUGAAAAGCUUAGAACUAAUAUAGAUAAGACAUGCGAAACCAAUGAGUUCAAACAGGGCAAACAAAAGCUCUAUGCAGAUGUGUUUGAAGCCUACAUAGGUGGGCUGCUUGAGGAUGACCCUAAGCAUAAUUUGCCAAGAGUACGGAAGUGGUUGAGCAAGCUAGCACUUCCAAUAAUAGAAGAGGAGAUAAAAAAGGACGAUGAUUUAGACUUGACCGAGGUCGACAUUAAUGCUAAAAAGACGCUUUACUCUCUAAUUGGCUAUGCCGCACUAAAUUUGCACUACAAACCAAUUCAAAAACCCUCGUUCGAAAAUCCAAUUGCUCUUGUCGAGUGCCGCAUAAAAGAUGGAACGGUCUUGGGAAUCGGGAAAGGCAGAAACAUCAAAAUUGCAGGUAUGAGGGCAGCACAACAAGCGUUACGCAACAAAGUCUUGAUUGAAAAAUACGCUAGUCUUCGAGCCGCAGUGCCGAGAUCAGACUCAGUGGUUAAAAAUUUAGCUGGUAACAAACGUCCUUCCCCAGAAGAAGAAGAACUUGACGAAUAUGCGUCGGAAUCGCACCCGACGAAAAAGAUGAACACCAGUUUUGACGAUAAACCUUUCGAUCCUUCAAGCACUAGGAUCAUUCCUAAUUCAGAUGGCUCGCUGGGCCUUAUAUAG